CAAAAUAACUUCAACGAAAAUGUAUUUAUUAUGUAUAACUCAAUUUGUAAUCAAUUUCUGUUUAAUAAUAUGUGUCCAUUCAUUUCCAAAAAUAUCGUUUAACACCGCCGGAAAUGACACAAACGAAGACGGAGAGUAUCCCGAAGAUGUUUAUGGAUCUGUACUUAACGACACUGUAUAUGGACCAAUAUUCACGGAUAACACAACAGAUGAAGAAGAUUUAAUAAAAGGACCAUAUAGACAUGAAUACCAGAUUGGAAAAGUACUCGGAAUUACACUACCAACAACAAUUUGUUUCCUCUUAUUAAUUAUAUUUGUGUGUUUAAUCUGUAGACCAAAAACUCACUUUGUCAGUCAUUUCACACGACCCCGAUACGAACUUUGUCGGCAUCAAAAGAAAACUCACGAAGCUUACCGUUUAAAACAUGCCCCAACGCCUCAAGAACGCGAACAAAAACGUUUAGAAGAGUUAAGAAAAGAAGAAGAACGUAUAGAAAAAAUUAAAGAAAAACGGCGACUAAAACGUGAAAAGAAAUUUGCAAAACAACAAAGAAAAUGUGACAAGCGACAUGAAGCGAGAGUUCAAGCUCAUGAAAAGGCUAAAACGAAGCAUAUUGCACGAUUGCAAAAAUUAAAGUUGCAAAGGGAGAAAGAUAUUCAGAAAAAAAUUAAGAAAAAGGCUUUCUUGGAGGAGAGAAGGGAUGAAUUGUUGGAGAGGGAAGGAAGAGAACCGCGUAUUGAUCGAUCGAGGAGAAGUAAAAGUUUGAUUUAUGGAAGUGGGAAGAUGUUGGAUGAUGAUGACAGAUUUAUAAGGGAGGAUGUUAGGCUGAGAAGAAGUACGGAUGAGUUGAGUCAAAGAAGUAGCGAGAAGAUCUCAUUUGUCGAUUUACGAGAUAAAAGAAAUGAUGAUAGAAGUACAAGAAUUAGGGGGCCACCGAGAGAAAGACAUUAUGAUUAA